AUGGUGGGUUUUUUUUUUCGUCCAGUGGACAUCUUUGGCCACCCAAAGACGGCGCUGGGUGAGAACCUGGAUCCUCAGCGUACGUGGCUGGAGUGGGUGUUUAUGCCACGACAUAAACCGCUGUUUUAUAACUUUAUGGCAAACAUAAAAGCCGGUUUGACCGUGGCCCUCGUAAAUGUGCCGCUGAGUAUUGCACUCGCGAUUGGAAGUGGUGCCACGCCAGCGCAGGGUAUUGUGAGUUGCGUCUGGGCAGGUGGUGUGGCCACCAUUUAUGGUUCCUCACACUUCAACAUUAUUGGCCCUACAGGAGCCCUCAGUGGGCUGCUUGCCUCGAUGGUAGUGUCGUACGGGGGUGGCGUGUUAGCCCCACUCGCACUUCAAGCAGGACUUUGGAUGAUGUUGUUUCUUUUGCUUCGCGUGAAUCGUCUUCUGCGGUAUGUGAGUUCUGGUGUAGCGCACGGCUUUGGGUGCGGUGUGGCGAUUGUGAUUGCCGUUGGGCAAAUCCCCUCGGCGUUGGGACUGAAGGGUGUGGCACAACGGGAGACGAUUAUGGAGAAGUUGAAGGAAGAUUACAGGUGCCUUGGGACAAUCAGCGUUCCAGACACCCUACUCUUUCUUGUCACCGUCGUUCCUUUGCUUAUUCUCUCCAAACGGUAUAACAAAAUCCCAUGGCAGAUUAUAUUUACGCUCUUUGGUAUAUUAAUGGCUCAGGUAUUGCCGCGAGGAUCGUUUGUCCUCUUGAACAUGAAGUACCCGGAUCUGUCACUUAAUUUCUUUGCUUUCAGCUCUUUGGAUUUGCUGAUAAAUCCCCAGUGGUUUCACCCAAGGAUUAUUUUAUACGGGUUUGGUAUUGCCAUUGUUGGACUUAUGGAGACCCUCAUCAGUUCUGUCAUUGCGAAUAAUCAUGUGAGCGAUAAGUCGUACCUCAACUACUCGAGUGCUCGUGACACGUUUGGGUUGGCGCUCUCAAACGUUGCAAGUGCAUUCGUUGGGGGGAUUCCAUCGACGGCUGCGUUGGCUCGCACAGCGCUGAUGGUGCACUCUGGCGCCUUUUCACGAAUGGCGGGAGUUGUUUCGUGCGUCGCUGUGGGACUCUUAUGUAGUGUAUUGCUCCCCCUUUUAAAGGAACUGCCCAUGGCAACCGUGGCGGCAAUUCUGAUGGUUGUCGCAUACAAACUGGUGGACCUGAAUGACCUUCACAUUCUACAUGUUAUUGACACAGCGAAUCUUUACUCCACCAUCAUCACCUGCGCCGCAUGUAUACUCACCGAUACCUUUGUUGGUCUUGUUGUCGGCAUUGCGAUUAGCGUGUUGCUGAACUACGCGGAUGCGACCGUGUCCGACGUGGUAUUUGAGGAAGAGGAUGAAAUGUUUGCAUCACCACGAACACCGCAGCCACGCGUCUUUCGUGUUCUUAUUGUGCAGCCGCAAGAGUCACUUCUUUUCAUCAACUCUGAAAAGAUAAAACGCACCAUAUUUGAAAGGAGCGUUGCAUUCCGUGAGUCAUUGCCACCGGAGACGAAGAAACAUCUCGUUCUUGACAUGUCUCUUGUGAACCGCGUUGACUUUGACGGAACGAAAGCACUUGGUGAAAUUAUUAACGCCCAUCGUGAAAAGGGAUGGAUUGUCGAUGUAUUGAAUUGCCAGCACCUGCGCAACAGCCUGGUGCUUUGCACGCCGUACCAAGACCUGCAGAAGCUUGAGUACAUGGAGUUGUACUGA